AUGGAACCUUCUGCACAGCUGGGUUUCAGCCUGCAGCCCCUCUUGGAGCAGCUCAGCCAGGAUGAGCUGAGCCAGUUCAAAUCUCUGUUGAGGUCCCUUUCCCCGCAAGAGGAGUUACAGCACAUCCCUGUGACAGAGGUAGAGGAAGCUGAUGGGAAGCAACUGGCAGAAAUUCUCACCAACCGCUGCCCCAGCCACUGGGUAGAGAUGGUGACCAUCCAGGUCUUUGACAAGAUGAACCAAACAGAUCUGUCUGAGAGAGCAAAGGAUGAGCUCAUGGGGUUCACCAGGACUUCAGAACCAAAAUGUGCAAACUUGGAAGAAACCCAACAGUGUGCAAAAGGAAAGGAGCCGGGUUGGUCAGUGUUGGAGCGAGCCAAGCCACAACUACCGCAUCCUGUUCUGUCCUCUGCACCCUCCUUUUCACUUACUCAAGUACAGGGAGAAGAUGUCCCAAACCCAGAAGCGGCAAAGGAAGUUUUGGAAGGAGAAAAGCCAGGUAAACAGGAUAAAUACAGAAGCGUUUUGAAAGAGAAGGUCCAGCAAAUCUGGAAGAACUUUUGGCCUGGAGCCAGUGAGAACAUUCACACGGUCACCCAAAGAUACGAGACACAGAUUCCAUUCUGUAAUCCUAAAAUGCUCGGAGGUCCAUUCCCGCACACGGUGGUGCUGCACGGUCCGGCGGGCGUGGGGAAGACCACUCUGGCCAAGAAGUGCACGCUGGACUGGACGCAGGACAGCCUCGCGCAGACCCGCCGCGUUGCCUUCUAUCUCAGCGGCAAGGUGCUCAGCCGCAAGGGGACUUGCUCCUUCGCAGAGCUGCUGGCCGAGAGCGCCCCAGACCCGCAGCGCGCCCUUCCGCAGGUCCUGGCCCAGGCGCACAAGCUCCUGCUGGUCAUUGACGCUUUCGAGGAGCUGCGCGGGCCCUGGUGCACGGGCGCGCUGGAGCACGACCUGGGGGGCGACUGGAGGACGCGGAGGCCUGCGCCGGUCCUCCUGGGCAGCCUGCUGAAGAGAAAGCUCUUCCCCACGGCCACCCUGCUGGUCACCACGCGGCCCGAGGCCCUGAGGGAACUGCGGCUCCUGGUGCAGCAGCCGCUCUUGGUGGAGAUGGAGGGGCUCUCCGAGCGCGACAGGAGGGCGUAUUUCCUGCGACACUUGGGAGAGGAGGCUCAGGCGCUGCGCGCUUUCCAGCUGAUGAGAAGCAACUCGGCGCUGUUCCGCAUGGGCGCGGCGCCCGCCGUGUGCUGGAUGGCGUGCACCUGCCUGAGGCUGCAGAUGGCCGAGGGCGCGGACCCCCGGCCCACCUGCCAGACCGCCACGUCGCUGCUGCUGCACUUCCUCUGCAGCCGGUUUGCGCCUGCGCGGGGCCAAGGCCCGGGUCCGCACCUCGCGGCUGCCCUGCAAGCCCUGUGCCUGCUGGCCGCCGAGGGCACGUGGGCGCAGACCUCGGCGUUCGAUGGACUCGACCUGCGCAGGCUGGGCGUGCACGAGUCUGACCUGCGCCCUUUCCUGGACCGGGGCAUCCUCCAGAAGGACAGAGACACUGGGGGCUGCUACCGCUUCGUCCACCUGAGCAUCCAGCACUUCCUGGCUGCUGCGCUCUGCGUCCUGGGGAGCGAGGGCCACCAAGAUGCAGGAAACCCCGUCUGGCACGCUGGGGGUGUGCAGAGGCUGCUCUCCAAGGAAGAAGGCUUCAAGAAUCCCCACCUGGCCCCCGUGGGGCGCUUCCUGUUUGGCCUCGCCAAUGAAAAGAGGGCCAGGAAGCUGGCGACCACCUUUGGCUGCCCAGUGUCCACUGAGUUCAAGCGGGAGCUACUGGAAUGCACAGUGCGGUCCCCUGAACACAGACCCUUCUCCUCGGUGACAGACACGAAGGAGACCUUGUAUUGUCUCUACGAAUCCCAGGAGGAGCAGCUUGUGAAGGAGGCCAUGGCCCAGGUCACGGAAGUGUCCCUGCAUUUGGAAGAUACCUCAGACCUGGUGCACGCAUCGUUCUGCCUCAAGCAUUGUGACCGCUUGCAGAAAAUGUGGCUGCGGGUGGCAAAGGGGACGUUCCUGGAGAACGAUACCGCAUGGGGAUCAGAGGCUCAGGCUGACCGGUUCCGGAAUGAUCAGUAUGUGCUUCCUUUCUGGAUGGAUCUUCUUUCUGUGUUUGACUCAAACAAGAGUCUGGUGUUUCUAGACAUCAGUCAGAGCUUCCUCAGUACCUCAUCCGUGAAGCUGCUUUGUGAAAAAAUAGACUCCGCUCCCCAUAAUCUUCAGAAAGUGGUCCUCAAAAAUACUUUCCCAGCGGACACCUAUCGGAACUUCUGUGUUGUUUUUUGUGGUCAUGAGACUCUCACGCAUCUGACCCUUCAGGGAAAUGACCAGAGUGAUAUGCUGCCCGUAUUGUGUGAGAUCCUGACACACCCACAGUGUAAGCUGCAAUACCUCAGGUUGGUGUCUUGUUCGGUCACCCCCCAGCAGUGGGCCCAUCUCUCCUGCUCCCUCAGGAUCAGCCAGUCCCUCACGUGCCUAAACCUCACAGGAAUUGAGCUCCGGGAAGAGAGCGCCAAGUUGUUGUGCACGAGUCUGAGACACCCAAAGUGCUUCCUGCAGAGGCUGUCGCUGGAAGACUGUCACCUUACAAAAGCAUGUUGCAAGGAGCUGUCCUCUGCCUUGAUCGUCAACCAGAGGCUGACGCACCUGUGCUUGGCCAAGAAUGCCCUGGGAGACGGUGGGGUAAAGCUGCUGUGUGAAGGCUUGAGUUACCCGGACUGCCAGCUGCAGGGGCUGGUGCUUUGGUACUGUAGCAUAACCAGCAGUGGCUGCAAUUAUCUGUCAACACUUCUCCAGCAGAAUUCAAGCCUUACACACUUGGAUCUGGGCCUGAAUCACAUAGGAUUUACUGGACUCAAGUUUCUGUGUGAGGCUUUGAAGAAGCCAACCUGUAACCUCAAAUGUCUAUGGUUGUGGGGAUGUGCCAUUACCCCUUUCUGCUCUGGAGUCCUCUCCUCUGCCCUUGGCAGCAAUCAGAGCCUGGUCACUCUGGACCUGGGCCAGAAUUCCUUGGGGUAUAGCGGAGUAAAGAUGCUGUGUGACACCUUGAAACUUCAGCGUUGCUCCCUACGGACACUCAGGUAUGAUUCUCCUGCUGCUCACGGUGUUUCCUCCAGGAUGGUAGGUUUGUAGGGGGGCACAAACCACGGGAGUUUGUUGUAGGCAACUACAGCUAACAUCUCGUUUUCAUCCGUUGAUGUUUGGUCACCUGAUAAUUCUCCUGUCGGUCCCUUCUGUUGCUUUGGCC